CUUUCCAAGUGCUUCUUUACGCAACUGGUGAAAACCAUAUAAUAUAAAAUUCUGAAUAUAUCAAAUCAGAGCGCAGCAAAACGAGAACCAUGAAGAUACCAGAUACUUAUGCACUUUGUGAAAACAUUUUUUCAGAAUUUAAUCUACCCUGCUUACUACCUAAUUUAUUUCAUUUCAUAUUUACAUUUUAAUGUUUUACCCAUUUAUCUCUGGGUUUAUCAAAGUUCAACGCCAGUGCGUAUUGUUUCAAAUGUUUCAUGUCCUCUAAAAUAAAAUUGUGUUCUUAUAUGUUCUGCUUCAAUAAACGUAUUUAUCUCGAUAUGAUUUUAUUAAUCUAUAAUCGAAGAAUGCCUCUCAUUAAGCUUAACAUUAUAAAAAAAAACUUCACGAACGUAGGGUCUCUUUGUAGUCACAAUGACAUUAAAAUUAUCGGGAGUUAAUGCACUGAGUCAGUGCAAUACAAAUAGAUAUUCAAUGAUGUUAUUACAUACUAAAAAACAUUGCAGUGAAUCGUUAUCUGUUGUUGUCAGUGUAUCCUUUUUAACUCUCUUCAAAAGUACUAACUUAUAAUUUGGCAAUAAAAUAACAAAUGUGCAGGUACCUACAGAUAACUGUGAGUUAGAAUAAAAAUGCAAAAUGACAACGCAUCAUACGGCAGUGCUAGUGAUUUACUGGACAGCCAUGUACUGGGGAACGACAAGCUUGCUGAACCAGCGAUGGAGAGAUCUACGAGGUCCAGUCUCGACGCCAAUAGUGUCGACAUUGGAGAAAUAACAGAAUCCCCAGAUACUGAAUACAUGAGUACUUCUGCAAUAUUACAUUACUGUAAAUCUAAGAUAUUACUUCCUUAUUUAAAACUGUUAACUAUUAUGGGACUACGGCCGGUACUAGAUGUAUCGAAUUCUUCUAAGUGCGCAAUAUGUUGUUCACAUUUUCACUCAAUACAGGUGGCCAUACUCAUGUUUUUAGGAUACGUUCUUCAAUAUAUGGCUUGUUUCAGGCGGGACAGAGGAUUCUGUUACAAGUUAGUUCCGCUGGCGUUGACGUCCACAUUAGAAUAUGACAACUACAAACAAGUGUGUUAUGGAAAUGUUAUCUUCACGUAUAUCGGGCCUAGUAUAUUGCAUUACGUGGGAUUUUUAUACGCUUUAUAUUUAUUUCGGAUAUCUGAUAACGAACAAUUACAAAAUCUGAUGGAAAGGGUAUUUCUACUGUCCUCGUAUUCACCGCAAGGAAUGCCCACAACAAAGCCCAAACGGCUGUUACACAUGUUGUGGUUUUUCAUAAUACUUAGCGUCUUGUGGAUGUGCCUGUCAUUAUGUUCAGUCAACUUGAUGUUGGCUAGAGGCAAUAUCAUCUUCAGAUGGAUGGAAACCAGUUCAUACGAAGUCACAAUGUUGCUAAAGAUCUUACUAAUAGUAUGCACAUUGAUUCACGACAUGGUACAAGCAACUAUCAUUACAAGUUACUGCCUGCAGGCACAGUUGCUGCAAGCUCAUCUCAUGUUUCUCAAAGAGCGCCUUCUUAAUCGAACUAUUACUCCACUUAAUUGGAUGAGAGAAAUAGCGGAGUUCCGUAAACUGCUAAAAUACUUGAAUGACGAUCUAGCGCCCGCAGUCUGUUUGUUCACCAUAGUGAACAUAUCAUGGGCGACCUCUGGUGUCAUGUGGCUGCUCAACUUAGAUAAAGUGGACACGGAGACAGAACCACUAGUCGGCAUUAGCAUUCUCAACGAGCUUUUGUGGAUCUCAGCGGUCGUUGUGCCAUUUGUUCAGGCUGCGCGUCUAUCAAAAGAAUGCCGUCGCACUCAGUCGGUUGGUCACGAGCUGUGCGUGCGGCCCUUCCUGCACCAGGACACGUCGCAGGAGGAUAUCACCAGCGUGCUCAUGUACGCCUCCACGCUGCGCCUGCACGCCAAGCUCUUCCACUACCCCAUCGCCGGAAGGUACCUCUGUCUCGUGCUCACUCUCACCGUCAUCGUCCUCUUCUCACUCGGCAUGUGCCAUCUAUUACAAUAAUCUACCAAUAUACAACUUAUAUUGGUAAAUAGAAUAAUAAGACUGUUUUGUAAAUAAUUUAUCAAUUUCUAUUAUGUAAAUAAUUUUAAUUAAUUUAAUUGUUGAACUAAAAUUAUAUUGAAUUUUUAAAUUAUUUUUUAAAAUUGCGCCAAUGUAAUUGAAGUUAUAUCGGGAUAUUGAAUUGAUUAAUGAAAUAAAAUAUCGAAUUAUUAUUUUUGA